GCGCCGGUCUCGGGCAUGCAGGUGAGGAGGGAGUCGCUGCGGCAGGGCGCGGCGCUGGACGAGAUGAGGCGGCGGGUCGAGCGGCGGCGGGCGCGCGCGGACGACCUCGCCGUCGCCAGGAGGAGGGCCGCCGAGGGCGUCGAGCGGCAGAAGGAGCAGAUGCAGGCGCAGAUCGAGCGGGUGCUGCUGCUUUCCAGGGCCCUCGCCGCCGCGCACCGACAGGUGCAGGAAGCCAAAGAGUUAAAAUCCGCGGAGAAGGCGCGGCUCGGGGAUCUGCAGAGGCUGCUCAGGACGAGGCAGCAGUCCAUGGUUGCCCAGGUCGCUGCCCUGUACCCCGUGAGGGUCUUCCGUGAGCUGCCCGUCGCACAAAACCACCAUUCCCGCACCAAUGGAGAGCGUCAGACACCUUCACAAGAGAAUGGAGCACUUCCUCACGAGAAUGGAAAUGGAAUUCAUUUGCUCAGUGCUAUCAAAUCUCCGCAUGUUGGUCCCUUCACCUUUUUUGGUUGGCAAAUUGGAAAGCCCAAGACAAAGCAGCCGAGUUACAGCCAUAAGGAGCUUCAGAGGUCGGCAGCUGUGCUUGGGUAUGCAGCACAUGCAGUCUUGCUUAUUGCCUCAUAUCUUGACAUUCGCCUCCGAUAUCCUUUGCGCUUUGGAGGAUCACGAUCUUAUAUCGGUGAUCGUUUGCCUUCAGCUGAAACAUCAUCCAUUGCUUCAGUGGAACAUCGAAGCAUCGACAGCGCUGACUCAAAACUAACAGAUUAUCCCCUUUUCUUGGAAUUCCAAGAUGACUCAACAAAGGCGUCCUACGCCAUUUACUUGUUGCACAAGGAUACGGAGCAGCUCUUGAACUACAUUGGAGCAGAGUGUUCUGGGAGGAAUGUGUUUGGUAAUCUGCGGGAGCUUAUUAGGAUUAUACUGUCAGACGAGUAUUUGUACAUAUGAUAGAUUCGGUUAUCAUUGUGGGUUUGGAUCGCAUAUGCUGUAGAUAUGGUGGUAUACAGGUUUAAAAAGUAGGUGUUCUUUCUGUUCUUUUGUGUGAUUCAGCCUACUCUCACUGUGCCGAGUUUUUGUAUGCACAGCAAAGAGCAGCAUUGGGUUGUGCUAGAUCAAUGAUAUAUUUACAUAUGGUUUUUUACAGGAGAAUAGUCCUCGCCAUGUGUAUUUUUGA